AUGGCCGUGGCGCAGAGGCUCCUCGUCAGUAUGUCCUGCGAGGCCGGCGCGCCGCACUGGACGCUGACCGCGCUGGCGGUGCUGCUGGGCGUCCUGCUGGGCGUCGUGUCCGCGUACCCGCUGCCGGGCGCCAGGACGAACGCCACCGCGCUGCUGGAGAGGCGCUGGGAGACGCUGUUCUCCCGCUCCGUGCUGGGCAUCUCCGGGGAGAAACCGGAGCCGAGCUGGGAGAGCGACUAUCUGCUGGGCAUCAAGCGCGUGCGGCGGCUCUACUGCAACGUGGGCAUCGGGUUCCACCUGCAGGUGCUCCCCGACGGCGGGAUCAACGGCGCACAUAAUGAGAACCAGUACAGUCUAAUAGAGAUCUCCACGGUGGAGAGAGGGGUGGUGAGCCUGUUCGGGGUGAGGAGCGAGCUGUUUGUCGCAAUGAACAGCCGCGGGAGGUUGUACGGAACGACAGUCUUCCAUGACGAGUGCAAGUUCAAGGAGAGUUUGCUCGCGAACAACUACAACGCCUACGAGUCUCUGGCGUACAGAGGCUCCUACAUAGCGCUCAGCAAGCACGGCCGCGUGAAGCGGGGCAACAAGGCCACCACCGCCAUGACCGUGACGCACUUCCUACCCCGAAUAUGACGAGCACAAAGUGGCAAUAACAGAAACUUCUUUGCACAUGUGGAUUAUUUCCCAGGUAACACGAAUACCGCAUUACGGACGUACAAAGCCCCAAAAGACAAAGUGGACUGAACGAAGCAAGAAACACACCUAUAUCUGAUAGUAUUUAUUCAAACGUUAUAUGUAUAUUUGGGUAGCUUACUUUGUAUUAGAGGAUUAUGGAAACGCCAUUCUUUGCUGCUUUUUAUGAUUUUCAUCAUCAUUUUGUGAUGUUGACGGAGGCGGAGAGGCGUCGUUUGUCCCAUCAGUUUUUAUGGGUGCGCGAGUCCUUUGCCCCGUCAGUGGACGACAGCUCAUCCCUUCGGAAAAUGAAAAUGGAUACGUUAUUACCUCAAAGUACCAUGUCCUGAGAAGAGGACGAAGAAGGAAACGGAGAACACGUGUGCAUGAAGUUUCUACGGAUUCUUUGUUUGGAUUUUAUUUAUUUAUUUAUUUUUGAUUUUAUUUUUUUUAAAUUUUUUUGGGUCGUCCAUGAAGAACUUGGACAUUUCCCCCCGUUUGUUGUUUUCAAUUGUGUCUUUCAAUGUCUGGGCGACGCUGUGUUUUUUUUCUUGCUUCGUCAUGAGGUGGUCGGAGCCUUGAGUUCCUACUCGCGGCCCCUUCCCCCUGACGCAUGUGAGAAACGUGCUGCUCAAGUCAGGAAGUGAAACGCAAGUCAUCGCUCCCUCAGACACCAACGGCCCCGGUUCCUGUAGGGCCAGAGGUUUCUCUACCUUAUUUCGUUUCCAUAAUAAGAUCAAUUAAGCUACUGGGACUCUAUGCUGCACAGGACCCAGUGGAGCCUCUUGUUUCAAUGUGGAAGGACAGAUUGAGACCCCCCCCCCCAUCAUGUCCAAGGGAGCUUUGACAAUCCCAGGUUUUACUUUCACAAAUGUUGUAGCCGUACUGUAUGUGUGGACUUGGCAUUUAUUUUAAGUAUGUACGUGGAUUUGCUCGGUUUGAGAGCUGUUGAAUGUGAGGGGGGAUUUUUCGUUGGGGGCAGUCGAGGGGGCUGUAUCACAGACCCGACACCAUGAAGCAACGUGUCCUCCAUUGCUGUCCGUCGUGUUGUUUUCCCUCUGUUCAAACUGAGUCUGCGCAUCUGCUCUGUGGACGAUAUUUUGUUGCCGUCGAUUGUUCACACUGGGAGCUGUUUUGACUCGUCACAGUAGUUUGACGAUAUGUGGCACUUAACAAUGAGGUGCUUAUGCAGAAAUGAGUUAUAGUGGAUGUCAAUUCACCGUAAAUAUGAAGGAUUCACUGCUUUUAAAACAAUGUGAAAACUCUGACGUUGAGAUGAUUGCGCUUAUUGAUCCCAGAUUUCUAAGCUAUUUAUGCAUUAUUCAGAUUGGUCACUGAGGCACAGUGCGGCUUCUUGGGAAGAAGGAAAAAGAAAUACGAGCAAUGUUGCAAAAAGCAGUGAACCAAAGGAGUUAUACUGACGUGUUCAUUCAGGAUUGAUGUAUGCAGCACACCAUACUUGAAUUCAACGACUGCCUGCGCUUCUCUUUCAGUCAGUAUUCCAUUGUGGAGACGAGGGAGGGAGGCAAGUUGUGGAUAGCGGAGAUGCACAAGCGAACUUGGGAUUCUGCAUGUGGCACUGGUUGUUUGUUUAACUUGGCAAGGAUGUGGAUAAUGCGGGGUAAAAUACCUGAGCACGAGACGGGUGGGCCCCUCGUCUACUGACGUCAGACUGGACGGUCAGCGCGGGGCCACGGGAUUCUUGUCCCCAUUCAUCUGAGCAAACUUUUGCGCCGAGGCCGGACGUGCAGGCUGCCUCUGUUGUCUGGUCCAUCGUGAAUCACUUUUACCGUAUUAUUUCACGGAGCUCGGCACCUGUACGGCCAUUUAUCUUGAUCAAGGCCAGAAUCUUGUAAUGUGCAAUGUGGAGUGUUUUAAAACGCUGAAACGAGGCGCAACCGAAUCUCCAUUGCGAAAUCUUUACUUUGAAUUUUGGCACUUGACCUGCAAUAUUCUGUAAAUAGCAAACAAGUGGUCGGGGGGCCAGCUGGGUGAAAUAUGAUUUCAAGAAAGUAGCUCUUACAGAUAUACUGUAUCUUAUUAUUUUACCUCAAGGCCCGGUCAAACACUACUGUAACGCUAACGCACUGACAAUACGUCUGUGAGCACUGGUUUACAGGCCCUUUAAUCUCCAGCGUCUGUCCGGUAGCAGAGACGAAUGUGCAGUAACUGGUCAGAAUGACCGCGUAUGUGUGUAUGACUCUGUCGGAGACUGUGUGUGUGUCAUGUUCUGUUUCUGCCAAAGCAAUAGUGGAGAUGGCAUCAGACGGAUUGAACCUUGAGUCAGGAAUAACAGGGCCAUCGUCCGACUGUGCACGCUGAUGUACUGUAGGGAAGAAAAAAAAAAGGACGACGGGGAGGGAGGAGGUGACGCGGAGGCCACUGAGGGACGUCGGUCAAAGAGAAAGCAGCGAGUGUGGUUUGGAGCCGGAGGCGAACGUGUAGCAAAAGGCCACGGAAAAAAAAAGAGAGAAUCAAAUGCUUCCAGGAAAGGGACACUUCUGUCAGACUGAAUACUGUGAUCCACGAGAGCAACUCGACACUGGAUGUUUUGUGAACUUAUGUUUUUUUUGAAUGCUGAUAUGUGUUCGUGGGGGGGGGGGGGCUGAUUUCACGGCACUGAGGAGUUGGUUGGAGAGGUUUUUUUUCUUUGGGCAAAUUAGUCAAAACACACAAAUGGUGCAAUUUUCUUUUUUUUCAAUGGAGUGCAAUUUACUAUGCGGAGGGAAGAUGCCAUUUCACGGCACAAAAGAUCAAAAUCUCCUGUUUUUCCUUUGUGCCGAUUACUGUGCGUUUAUUAUUAUUAUUUCUAUUUAUGAUGGUGGAAUGGGAAUUGCAAAGUUACACUGGAGUUGACAUUGUGGGCAAUGAACUUGAUAUCGUUUUACACCCAAAGCAACUUACUCUAAACUCUAAAGAAGAUACGAGCCUGUUACAAGUUCUACAACCUCCGCACGAUGUUACUUUGAGGCAGAACAAGUUGUAUGAAUAUAGCAGCAACUGAGAGAAGGUACAAAGUCAACGGUUUCAUCUUUCAACAUUAACCCUUUACUUCCUUAAUUCCCCAUUAUGCACAUGGAGCUCUGAGUGGACUAGGUAUGUGUUGUCCUUUCGAUUAAGGAGCAAGUGUCUGGAUUCUGCCAUCGUGCUUAUCACGCCUGUUAAAAAAUAAAUGUGUUGGUUCACAGGGAACUGGAGGAUCUGUCAUCAUGUGUGUGUGUGUGUGUGUGUGUGUGUGUGUCCCUGUGUGCCAGCAGCCUUUGUGUUUCUCUCUCAGUUUUCUAUUCCUGCACUGAGGGGAGAGUGCUUCCUCCGAGUCCCCCUCCUCUUUUUUAACAUAUACCUCACCUUCUGCCUUAGUUCCGAUUAUUGAAAUGAUUGUAAGUUAGUUUGAAACAACAGACUUCUCCAAUCAUUUGUUUCUGAAAAAAAUAUGAUGAUGACGAGUAAGUAAAAUACUAUAUUGCAAAUGGUUUUCCUUUUAUUUUUGUACGUAUGUGCUGUGCACAGCAGUCAACUGUAUUCCUGAGAUGAUAAUUAAAAAGACAUUUUGUAAAAACGCUUGUUGUGACUUAAUACUUUACAGUUGCACGCCCGACGCACCUCACGCCUCCUCCUGACCCGCAAUGACCCAGAUAUUGAUAUCAGAAGACCUGGGAAAGAAAUUAGUGAUGUGACAGUCGUGCUCAGUGAGCGGCCAGGAGCUGGUGUGUGGCGCCCCCUUCUGGCGAAGCCUGAGUGUUGUCACUGUACAGUACAGUGGCAACAUUUGA